GGUCAGUGUGGUUGCAGCGAGGGGAGCACAGACCGCCGACCCGCUCUGUCCCGAUUCAUGGGUAUCAUGUACAGCGAUGGAGAGGGAACGGUUUGGGACCGUGUCGGACGCCCACGACGGGAUUGCAUGUGUUACCUGGGACCACCUACCACUCUGAUGCCCAUCGGUAUGCGGAAAUCGCCCAAUGUUAGUCCGAGACGGUUGUCCGACAUCAGCCCCCAACUCCGACAGCUAAAGUACUUGGUGGUGGACGAAUCUAUCAAAGAAGACUUAAAAUCGUCCCGGUCGGUGGAGGACAUCAACAGCGCAUCCAUCGAGGAGAGAAUCUUAAGAAUAACCGGCUAUUACGGUUACCAACCAUGGAAUUCAGUUUACAAUAGAGAGGACCGGCCGCGGGAGAAUGUGGCAAGCACAGCGGACAGACAGCCGUCUGGAAGUGGACCAGGGACGGAGUCAGGGGCUGGGAGGCAGACACUGCACUGCUGCGUUCGUGUAUCUGCAGGGCAAGUGCGCAAGGCGUUGUGGGGCGUGGCCAUGGUGAUAUGCGUGUGCUCAUCUUGGGCUGGCUUCACCCAGUUAGCCAAGCUGACCUUCAAGCAGUUUGACGCACCCUUCACCAUCACGUGGUUUGCCACCACAUGGAACUGCCUCUUUUUCCCUCUGUACUACAUUGGCCAUUUGUGCAAGGGUCCAGAGAGGCAGACGCCCAAGCAAAGGUUCAGGGAAUGUUGUCGGUUCUUCGGCGAGGACGGGCUGACGGCGAAGGUGUUCCUCACUAAAGUGGCUCCCUUUGGCCUACUGUGGACUAUGACUAACUACCUGUACCUGCAGGCGCUGCACAAGAUCAACACCACAGACGUGUCGGCUCUGUUCUGCUGCAACAAAGCCUUCGUUUUUCUGCUCUCUUGGAUCGUGUUGCGCGACCGCUUCAUGGGCGUCAGGAUCGUUGCUGCCAUUCUGGCCAUUGCGGGCAUUGUGAUGAUGACGUAUGCAGAUGGAUUUCACAGCCAUUCCGUUAUUGGCAUCACUCUGGUCGUGGCCUCGGCUUCAUCGUCCGCUCUCUACAAGGUGCUGUUCAAACUAGUGCUCGGCAGCGCCAAGUUUGGGGAGGCGGCGCUGUUCCUGACCAUUGUCGGCGGAGCCAACUUCAUUUUUAUCAGCUUUGUGCCAGUAAUUCUGUACUUCACCCACAUCGAGUACUUUGGAUCUCCUGACAGCAUCCCUUGGGCCUACCUCUGUGGAGUAGCAGGUCUUCUGCUAGCAUUCAACAUCCUGGUCAACUUUGGAAUCGCUGUAACUUAUCCAGCGUUGAUUUCACUUGGAAUUGUGCUAAGUGUUCCUGUCAACGCAAUGGUGGACGUGUACACCUGCGAGAUCCACUUCAACACGGUGCGGCUCAUCGCCGUUUGCAUCAUCUGCCUGGGCUUCCUGAUGCUGCUGCUGCCGGAGGACUGGGACCAGUGCCUGAUCCAGCUGGGCGGCCGGCUUCGCAAUCGCGAGCUGCCCGGGGAGCCUUCUGACCCGUCCGCCAGCCUCGGCUGGAGCCGGAGGGCCCAGACCUCCGUGUCCACGUUCACCCGCUGACGCGGACCGGUGCGGAAUUUGCUGCGUCGAAAGGAGAAGCGGCACUCGGAAAUGUCAGCCUGGCUAGCUGCGGAUGCAAGCCAGCGGGGACCGCUUAGCGCGUCCGCGUUUUCCCCAAUGCCGUUUAUUUUGUAAUGGGUCUGAUUCAGUGUUAGCCUGCCGGCAUUUGCGGGGCGUUCUUUUUUACUUUAGCGGGACGUUAGCAUGUUUUCUGAUCUGUGUCCUUAUCUGUUCAAGAGAGCGCUACUGGCAUGGCUCGAUGAUUUCCAAUAAGACCAAAGUAGUGGACCGUCAUCUCAUCAUGCUUUUACAUGACUCAACCCCCUCUGUCAUAGAUUUAGUAGAUCAUAUCAUAUAUAAUGUUUGUUCUUCACUAUUAGACUACACCCCCAUCCCCUUGUUUCGUUAGGUCUUUAAUUUCAGGUAGUCGAAGUAAUUUAUAUGUGCACCAGAACUACUGUACGUAGCUGAACAGAUGUGAAAGAACAGGCCCUAAUAAUUAGGAUCGGAUAUGGUGCUUUAUUUCUUCUCGCAAUUCUCUCUCAACCUGAUCCUGCACGCAUGCUGUCAUCUAGACACAGUCCAUCUCUUAAUGUCUGAGGUAGAAUGACUGCUAUACAUACUGGAAACGCUAGGCCAAAUGGCCAUCAAACGCUUCAGUUUAGGGAGACUGAUAUGAGCAGUGACGGCCACAGAGCAGGGCCCCAUUUCCCAAACUCAUCGUAAUGUUAAGAUCAUCGUAAACCGGUGAGAGAGCGUUCAGUAUAACACACGCUCUACCAUUUAAAGAUGAUGUUUGUUUUGCGGUGCUUUUGGGAAAUCCCAGCCCAGGAUAUCCAUGUGAGGAGAACGAUGUUUUGUACAUACGGACCUCACCUGACACAGAUUGAGGAGAGACGAGAAACGCCUUGGGCCACCCGCUUCAACGUUCCCACACCUGCAAACAGAACAUCUCUGGAGUUCUGACUGUUGCCUUAACAAACUUUCUUUCCGCUCCCCUACUAACAGAGAGCACCUCGGGGUCUGCCUGGCUUUUCAGAGUAAUGGCUGUGACGAGGCCGGCACCGCUAACGCCUAACCUCCGUCUCACGUCGUGUCGUGAGUUGUGCUGAGUCAUGCUAGCCGUUUGCCUGCGCAUUCCCCACUACAUUACUGAUUAUGGGCACGCAUCCGUGUUUUCAAGUUUUGCUUUGUGUUUUCUUGUCCUUCCCUGUAUCAGCGAACAAACAUUUCCUGUCCUCUGAGCUCAUUUUGACAGGACCCAAGAAGCUAAAUGUUUUACAUCAAGUCGGUCUACUGAACUCAAAAUAUGUGUUCAAAGUGGUGUAACUACCCAGAUUCAACUGGCAGUGCCACGGAACAGGUGAUAAGAACUAGUGCCAUCUCUAGUACACGAUGCUUUUUGCACUCAUGGAUCUCAAUACUCCCCAAAUAUGGCUUUUCAGUGCAUAAUAACGGAACUGUGAUGUAAGGUUGUUGUUUUUUAAAAGUAUUUCCUCUGAAAAGGACGGUAUUUUGACAUGGAAACGCAUGCAGAAUUUACUGCUAGCGCUCAGCUAGAAUUUAAGGCUAGCAGUUAGCUUCACUGCCUCUUUAGUUUGCGAUUGUAAUCAUCAGCACUGUUUCCCAUUGUCAUUGUUCCAAUGACAAUAAAUAUGAAAUUGUAUUCCUCUGGAAUUACUGCUAGAAUUUAUUGUAAACCUUUGUAAGGAAUGACGAUUUUUACACUGAAAAUGCAACAUAAUUAUCACAUGCGAGGAAAAUGAAAACAUGAAUAAAUGACAAUUUGAGUUAUCAGAUCUGCUGUAUCUUUUGUGACACGUAAAUACACGGACAUGUUUUUA